AUGAGCAAUGCUGGAACGGUAGUACUGCGCCUAGCACGACAAUGCUUGCAGCAAGCCUCGACAUGUCGAUCUUUUACCAGGGCGCACUUCGAUACCCUGCCUGUGAGCAUCUCUGCUCUCCCUAGCCUAUCCCGUUCACACCGGACACCUCCAGGAGUGCAUCAAGCCUCGCAAUGCAUCCAUCGCCAACGGGCCUUUUCGCAAGGGACGCAGCGUGGCUUCCACGAGACAUUUGCAGCUUACAAGCUCAAAUCGUACGAGUCGGACAAGAAACCAGAGAAAGGCUUGAGGUUUCAGAAGGGCGAGCUGAACAGUAAAGAAAUAGUGGCUAUCUUCGGACCGAAGCCACCGCCAGUGUCAUUUGCCAACCGACUCCUCCGAGUUCUACACGGACGUCGCCAUGAUGGAACUCUCGAUCUUCCACUCCCCGACGAUGUGCAGUCCGAGCUGCACAAGUAUCCUUACGCUUUUGAUGACGGUCUACAUUGGCUCAGACAAGUCUACCCCCUGGAUGAGGAUGCUGCCAUUCUCGCUCGCAUUGAAAGAGAGGAGCAUGCUUUGGAAAGAGACAAUCCCGCGGAGCUGAUACAAAGGGGACAAGACCUUGGACUCUACAAAGGCCCACAGAGCGGACACUACCAUGCCAAACUGAGCGACAAGGAAGGCGAUGUCUUUGGUGUUAGUGAGCUGGACCGGAUCCGAGCAGAAAAUGAGGCCGCGGCUCAACGGGAAGAGGAGGAGUUGCAGGCCCAGAUUGACAAACGCAUGGCCCAGGUCCAAACCGAACGGUCUCAAGCACUCGCCGAACGACCGGAACAAGGGCUUGAGAAGGCGGACGAGUUCAGACCGCCCAACACAUUCGAGAAAUGGGUGCUCAAGGCGCAAAAUCGAGCGCAGUCGAAAUUGACGCUCGACUCUCCCGAGAUUACCCAGAGGAACCUAGUACGACGACUGGUCCCUUCGUUCCUACUUGUCAGUCUCCUAUGUGGUGCGAGCUACCUAUAUUCCCAAUAUUGGACUCGGCCGAAACAGUCGGAUCGGUUCUUCCCCGACAUCUCACUUUCUUUUGCGACCAUUGGUACUCUUGUGGCGCUGAAUCUAGCCGUCUUUGCCGCUUGGAGAGUGCCGCCUAUGUGGACCUCUCUCAACAAGUAUUUCAUCAUCACUCCGGCUUUACCAUACGCAUUCAGCAUGUUGGGAAGCCUGUUCAGCCAUCAGAAAUUCACCCAUCUUUUGGCGAACAUGCUCACCCUCGUCCUCUUCGGUCUUCCGCUGCAUGAGGAAGUGGGCCGAGGAACCUUUGUGGCAAUCUACCUCUGCUCCGGGUUGAUAGGAAGCUUCGCAAGUCUUGCGCGUCAUGCCGUUCAACGUAACUGGUUGACGAGUUCUCUGGGAGCCAGCGGAUGCACUUAUGGGGUUGUUGCGGCCAACUUGUACCUUCACACUGAUUCCACAUUUUCCAUCAUGUUCCUGCCACCUGACCUGGCUGAAAAGUUUUCAUUUACUGGAGGCACAGCUUUGGCGGCCCUCACCGUGUAUAAUCUAGUGCGUGCUUUGGGACCUGUAAAAAGGAUCGAUUACGUCGACCAUCUGGGCGGGAUUGCGGUUGGAAUUGUGGCGGCUCGCUGGUGGAAGAGCAAUAGAGAGAAGGAGAGGUCGGAAAGGAAAAGGCAGGGAUCAUGGUGGCAGACUCUUUCGGGCUCUACAAAGUGA